GUUUUCCUGUUUUCAAUGGCGUCUGCCUCGCGCGAAUGAUCAAAUUCAGCGCGAAGAUGCGCGUGACAGCUCGUUCGAAUGCGUCUCAUCCCCGAUUUGGUGCUGCUUCGCGAUGGUCUGGCCUAAUAGCGUUCUCCAUCUUGACGGCAGCAUUAGCCCUGACCCCCUGCCUGAUGAAGCGAUCGCGAGUGCAUGGUCCCAUUGCCUCUCGGAUUCCGACGAUUCUCUCUGUGGUAGCACCUGUAGAGUACUGGAUGUUUUCCAAGACGAUCCCGUUGAUGACACCAUGGAGAUUUCGUUGCCACUGCAACUCGUGCAACAGCCUUCCUUGUCCCUCGUGGACCUUGGAAAACAGCUUCUGGAGUGUGCGCGCAAUGGCGAGACUGAAGAAGUUCGUCAACUCAUGACGAGUGGUGCGCCUUUCACUACUGACUGGUUGGGCACAUCUCCCCUGCAUUUGGCCGCUCAGAAUGGGCACGUAACGACAGCUGAAGUGCUUCUACGAGCUGGCAUCAGCCGAGAUGCACGCAACAAGGUAGACCGCACUCCGCUGCAUGUGGCAGCUGAGGAUGGCCACUUGGGCGUGGUGGAGCUGCUGCUCAAACACUCGGCUGAUAUUGAUGCCAAGGACAUGCUGCGCAUGACACCCCUUCAUUGGGCAGUGGAGAGGGGCCACCUGGAGGUGAUCAAAUGUUUGCUGAAGUGGGGUGCGGAUAUGAAUGCGACCAACAAGUUUGAGAAGACGCCGCUCGACAUCGCCCUAGAUAAUGACUAUGUUGAAGUGGUCAGAGUGCUACAGGAACAUGUUUGUAAUCCGACCCGGACCAAAGAGACUGUGGAACAAACAUUCAUUUUGCCCAUUACACAAGUGGCUAAGGUCCCAGCUGGGGCCAUAGGCACUACUCACAAGCUUCUCAAGACCAUCCCUACUGCCACAACUGCACUGGUGACUACUGGCAGUCCCACCAUCAUUCAGGCUAAAGCGACCGGAAUGGCAACACCAACACGCACUGUGUUUGUGGCUGCCAAGGCACCAAACACAACCUCUGUCAAGCGAGCCACACUGACCAAAGUCGUGCCUGCAGUUUCUGUAGCCACUUCGGCUGGGGCCACGACCUACUUCGGCGGCUGCAAGCGCCUCCUCCACAACCAUCACUGCUUGAGCAGUGACCAGGGAAGCCCCUCUGUCCUGGCUACUCUUGCAGCGCUUGCAGAGGCCACUGCCCCCAAUGCAACAACGUUGUCUUCGAAUGAAGCUGUUCAGUGGCUCGAGACGCAUGGCAUUACAAUGCUGCCUGCAGACAACUCCACCAUUGUAGCUUCAGCGUUGGAAGGCGGCCAAACGAUAUCACUAACAGAUGCUGGUAAACUAGCCUUGAACUGGGUGAAGGAUCAGCAGUCGGUUGCUGCUGAUGGAACCACCAAUGAAGUUUCCCUCUCCAACGUAACCCCUGCUGGAAACCAGAAAGUGAUUGCCAUAGUGACCGACCAGUCACAGAUCCCGUCUCUAGUCACUGCGGGUGCUGGCCAGUCACCAUUUGUCGUCGUUUCUGGUGCCACAUUGAAGGCAGCAGAUGGCAGCGCCUCGCACAUGAUCAUCAAGAAUCCCAUGGAGCCGCCCAUAAAGCGCGUAAAGAGAGUGUCCAUUCCCGACAAAGUUAAUGGGAAGUCAGGCAGCUGCACCCAUUGUUGUGACAGAAUCUCAGCCAAGCUCUUGGGUUCUUUUGUUCUCCAUUGUACUCCUGUCGGGGAGCUGGAGAACAUGGGAAGAGCCAAAUCCCCGGUGGAUCAGGAGAAGGACAAGCUCCAGCGGGAACUGGAGGCCCUUCGUAGACAGGCCGAGCAGUACAAGGUUCAGCUGCAGCAGAAGUCUCAUGAAGCGGAGCAGUACAAGAAGCAGCUGGAGGAGAUGAAGUCCAGCAGCUGAGAGGAGGAGGAGCAAGAGCAGGGCUUCUUGGGGAAGAGGGCUGUCUUGUUUUUUUUUACUGCCUGUACAUACUGCACAUUACAAUAAACUCACUGUUUUUAUAAUGAA